AUGUGGUGCUCUGUGUACAGGCUGGAGAAAUGUGACCACCUGCUGCUCUUGUCGACUGGGGAGAACGCGUCGCGGCUGUAUAGGCGGCAGUUGUUGGUGAGCUGGGUGCUGGCCGGUGGCACGAUGACGUGCCUGCUGGCGUGGACCGCCACCAUCCCCUCGUCCUUGGGCACACUGCAGGCUGUGGUGCAACUGUGGAAGGCCGUCGUCAUGACCGUCCUCGUCAUGCAGUACUCCAGCCUAAUGCUUAUCCUCGCCGACAGGUACAAGAGACUCCACAAACGAAUGGAAGGUCUGUUGAACGUCAUCCGUAUUAAAAAGGAAACGGUGUCACUUGCAAACUUUGCCUGGGAACCUAACAUUGAAACCGUACGUUAUGGCUGCAGUAUCUACAGUACCGUCGUCCCAGUGACUUCAGAAGUGAACCUGAUACGACAACUGUACUUCGAUCUGUUCAGCAUCUCAGUGGAAGUCAACUCCUAUUUCAGCUUGCAGCUGUUUCUACUGAUUAUUCACCUCUUCUUCGGCAUCGUUAAUCUGUCAUUCUUGAUCGCACUCUUCGUUCAAGACAGAGAUACGAACACGCCGAGCGGCGCGUCGACGGACGACGCGUUCUACAACGCGGAGAUGCUGCUGCAGAAGGUGGCGGUGCUAGUGGCGGUGGUGGCGCCCAGCGAGAGGGCGGCGUCGCGGGCGAGGGAGGCGCGCCGCCCCCUGGUGGCGGCGUCGCUGUGCGCCGGCCUGCCCCACGAGCUGGCCUCGCAGCUGCUGCUGUUCGCCCACCAGCUGGCGCUCACGCCGCCGCGCCACGACGCCUACGGCUUCUUCGCGCUCGACCACUCCCUGCUCAGCACCAUGGCCACUUCCGUCGUCACCUACACCAUAUUCCUCAUCCAGCUUAACUGA